AUGGGUUUCCCGGUAGGCUACACCGAGCUCCUCCUCCCAAGAAUCUUCCUAUGCUUACUCUCUCUUUUAGGCUUAAUCCGUAAACUCAUCGACACCGUUUUUCGGGUAAUGGGUUUACCCGACUUCCUCGAGUCCGACCCGAUUUCAUCACCAUCAUGGCCGGAACUGCCGUCAGUUUCCACGGCGGCGCAUCACCAAGAAAGCUCCUUCUUCCACCCAGUGGCGGCGAGGCUAGCCGGAGAAAUCCUACCCGUUAUCAGAUUUUCAGAACUGCUCCGACCUGGGUCCGGAUCCGAAUCCGAUUGCUGCGCGGUGUGUCUCCACGAGUUCGAAAACGAAGAUGAGAUCCGACGGCUGACGAACUGCCAACACAUAUUCCAUCGGAGCUGUUUGGACCGUUGGAUGAUGGGUUAUAAUCAGAUGACGUGUCCACUUUGUAGAACGCCGUUUAUUCCUGAUGAUCAACAAGUUGCUUUUAACCAAAGGGUUUGGUCUGAAUCUAAUAGUGUUUCUCAACUUAUUGGAGAAUCAACUUAG